GUCAGGGGGCGGACCCGCGCCCGCUACAAAGCGGCGAAGGUCACGGCGUGAGGAGGCGCGCGCCGCCGCCCCGCGUCCCGCCUGCGGCCCGUGCCCACGGCGUCGCCGCCGUCCGUCCGCCCGCCUGCCGUCCUUCCGUGCGGGGAGCCAUGGAGGGAGUGAGCGCGCUGCUGGCCCGCUGCCCCACGGCCGGCCUGGCCGGCGGCCUGGGGGUCACGGCGUGCGCCGCGGCCGGCGUGCUUCUCUACCGGAUCGCGCGGAGGAUGAAGCCAACGCACACGAUGGUCAACUGCUGGUUUUGCAACCAGGACACGCUGGUGCCCUAUGGGAACCGCAACUGCUGGGACUGCCCCCACUGCGAGCAGUACAACGGCUUCCAGGAGAACGGCGACUACAACAAGCCAAUCCCCGCCCAGUACAUGGAGCACCUGAACCACGUGGUAAGCAGCGCACCCAGCCUACGCGACCCCUCGCAGCCGCAGCAGUGGGUGAGCAGCCAGGUCCUGCUGUGCAAGAGGUGCAACCACCACCAGACCACCAAGAUCAAGCAGCUGGCUGCCUUUGCUCCCCGCGAGGAGGGCAGGUACGACGAGGAGAUCGAGGUGUACCGGCACCACCUAGAGCAGAUGUACAAGCUGUGCCGGCCAUGCCAGGCAGCCGUGGAGUACUACAUCAAGCACCAGAACCGCCAGCUGCGCGCCCUGCUGCUCAGCCACCAGUUCAAGCGCCGGGAGGCCGACCAGACCCAUGCGCAGAGCUUCUGUUCCUCCGCUGUGAAGUCCCCAAUCCAGGUCAUCCUGCUCCGUGCCCUUGCCUUCCUGGCCUGCGCCUUCCUACUGACCAGUGCACUGUAUGGGGCCAGCGACCGCUUUGCCCCAGGUGCCACCGUGCCCUUGGCCCUGCCACCUGGUGGCAAUGGCUCAGCCGCGCCUGACAAUGGCACUGCCCCUGGGGCUGAGGGUUGGCGGCAGCUGCUGGGCCUGCUGCCCGAGCAUAUGUCAGAGAAGCUAUAUGAGGCCUGGGCCUUCGGACAGAGCCAUCAGACGGGCGUCGUGGCGCUGGGCCUGCUCACCUGCCUGCUGGCAAUGCUACUGGCCGGCCGAAUCAGGCUUCGGAGGAUCGACGCCUUCUGCAUGUGCCUAUGGGCCCUGCUGCUGGGACUGCACCUGGCGGAACAGCACCUGCAGGCCUCGCCCAGCUGGCUGGACACGCUCAAGUUUAGCACCACGUCUUUGUGCUGCCUGGUCGGCUUCACAGCGGCUGUGGCCACAAGGAAGGCGACAGGCCCACGGAGGUUCCGGCCCCGAAGGUUCUUCCCAGGAGACUCUGCUGGCCUCUUCCCCACCAGCCCCAGCCUGGCUAUCCCUCACGUGGGCGUCGGAGGCUCUCCAGCGUCUCUGUUCAUCCCCAGCCCGCCCAGCUUCCUGCCUCUCGCCAACCAGCAGCUCUUCCGGUCUCCUCGACGGGCCUCACCCUCCUCAUUGCCCGGCCGCCUCAGCCGGGCCCUCUCACUGGGAACCAUACCCUCUUUGACUCGAGCAGACUCGGGCUAUCUGUUCAGCGGUAGCCGCCCACCAUCUCAGGUGUCUCGAUCUGGGGAGUUUCCCGUUUCAGAUUACUUCUCUCUACUGUCAGGGAGCUGCCCCUCCUCUCCGCUCCCUUCCCCAGCGCCCUCCGUGGCCGGCUCAGUGGCCUCCAGCUCCGGCUCUCUGCGCCACCGCAGGCCCCUCAUCAGCCCUGCCCGGCUCAACCUGAAGGGACAGAAGCUGCUGCUGUUCUCGUCACCCCCUGGAGAGGCCCCCACCACGCCCAGCAGCUCCGAUGAGCACUCGCCUCACAACAGCAGCCUCUUCACCGUGGAGCCACCCCAGGUGCCCCGGAGGCCACCCCUGCAGGACACGAAGCAUGCCCUGGACCUGAGAUCCAAGCUGGAAAGAGGCAGCGCCUGCAGCGGCCGCUCCAUCAAGAAAGAGGACGACUCUUCCCAGUCAUCCACCUGUGUGGUGGACACCACCACCAGGGGCUGCUCGGAGGAGGCCGCCACCUGGAGAGGUCUGCACCCGGGUUGUGGGAGGGGAGUGGGGCGAGCACACAUCCCCAGCCACCAUCUCCCCUGGUGGGUGCAGAGUGCAGACAGAGAGAGAAUCUCCCAGGACAUUGCAGUCCUGGAGCGGCCAGCAGGUAACCCACCCAGCACCUCUGAAUCCAGGGUCAGGGACUCAGCAGCCAGCACUCCCACCCUUGGGACACGGGUCCAGAUCUGCUCGAUUCCAGUAGCUUCUGGCCCCAGGCAGCUAUUUAAAUCAACUGAGUUAAAAUUAAAUAAAGUUUGAAAUGUAGUUCCUGAGCUGCAGUAGCCACAUUUCAAGUGCUCACUAGGCACCUGUGGCCUAUGGCUGCCAUCCUGGCCAGAAGUGCCUAGAGAGCCUGGGCGCUCUGGGACCACGUGGCACUGGGACUGCGGCCCUGCACCAGGUACCAAGCUGACUGGCUCAGAUCCCAGGUUCUCUGCUCACUGUCCUUCGGCACAGGGACAAGAAACCGGAUCAGGGGUCCAUAUCAUCACGCCCCGGAUGGGGAGGAGGAGGUGUUUGUUGAGGGAGACAGACAGAUAGCAGGAAGGGCUUUUCCUGGGAAGGUCAUUUUGUACUAGCUCUUGAAUCCAGUGCUGCCUCCAGAUCAGGCCAGGCUGGAGGGUGGCCCAGCAGCUCUGGGGCCUUGCUGAGAACGUAGGCUGUGGCAGGUAGACCUGGGCUGGCUGCUUAUUCCCUUGGAGGCUUGGGUGGGGGUGCUCCUGCCCCAAACCCCCAUGUCCUCAUCUGUAAAGUGGCUGUCCUGGUCACUGCCUCGUCGCCCAGGCCCCACCUCAUGACAGCCCAGCUCACGGCCUUCUUGGCAGCUCACAGUUAGGAAAAACUGUGCCUUCAGGGAGGCGGGGAUAGAGGUGUCUUUCCUGCUAGGGAAGCCUUUGGCCAAGAGAAGAUUUGGGGGUUAGCUUCACCAGCCUGGUGGAGCACCCUGGGCAGAGCCUUAAGCUCACCACAAACUGCAUGCUCUAGGAGGCUGCUCAGCUGCACAGCAACCCCACCCAUACUUCGUGUUCUAACCAGGACUCUCUCUGCGGCCCCACCCACACCCCGUGUUCUGACCAGGUCUCUCUGCGGGCCCACCCACACCGCGUGUUGUAAUCGGGACUCUGCAGCUUCACCCAUACCACAUGUUCUGACCGGGUCUCUCCACGGCUCCACCCACACCCCAUGUUCUGACCAGGUCUCCCCCCUCUGCAGGUCGUUUAGGCCCCUCCCUGGUCCGGGGCCUCCUAGCCGUGAGCUUGGCUGCCAACGCCCUCUUCACUUCAGCGUUUCUGUACCAGAGCCUGCGCUGACCUGCCGUCAGAGCCCCUCGGAGGGGAGCAAACCGGUGCCUGCUGCUUGACCACUGCCGGCCUCAGAACCCUCCCUGGAGGGGCUGCCGCCUCUGCCCUCAUCUCCAGGGCGCUUGACCUCACUGGACUGUGAGCUGUCCUCAGGACACCUGCCCCUCCUCCCUACAGGACUGCAGGGCUGAGUGUGUGUCUGGGGUCACACACUCUGCCUGCCAUCUCCUUGGCUGACAUCGGUUGUGUUUGGUGCUGACACUGAUCCCGAAGCCAGGGAGCCCUAAGGGCUGCAUGACCCUGGGGUGCUCCCCACUGUUCAGCCCUGCCUGGCAGGGACGCCAGUACUACUGUAACUGCAGCAGGAGCUGCCCGGCCUGCCUUCUAGCCUCACGACCAUAGGCAUGGUCACAUCUGUGUACUGUACUCCCGUCCCACCUGGGGCCACCUCAGAGCCCCACUAAGCUGAAGGCCCCCUGGGGGAGAGGGUGGCAUGGUCCUUGUCAUCUGCCCCAUCUCGCCUCUUCCUGUGGGGUGGGCAGAAGGAUGCCCUGGACCCUCAGAGCUCCCCGGCCUGAGCUGCCAAAGCCCAGCUGGGCUUCCAGGACCAGUGCCAGCCCCUGCCCUGCCCUCCCCUGCUGGGUGUUCCUCUGCUUUGUGACCUCUGUUGGCCUUCCAGGAAGCAGCCCCGUUACCCCAAGAAUGCAGAGCCCUGGCCGGCUUUGCAGGCCUGCACAUCUGGUCCUUAGCUUCGCAUGGAACUGCAGGGCAGACUGGAAGGGGGCCUUCAGAUCUCAGAUGAGACUGCACCCCUUUGCCCACCCUGCUGGGCACCUGCCUCCCUUCAGCCCCUGAGAACCCUGUCCUCCCCUGGUUCUCCUGCCCCACUCCCCUGAUGGGGCUCCUUCCUGGCACUGAAGAGGGUCCUCCUAAUGCUGUGAGGCAGGGGUAGGGACUGUGCACCCAUGGCUAUCAGAGCCCCCACCCCCACCCCCGUCAUCCCACCCUGGACCUCAACAUGAGCCUGGGGCAGUGCGUGUCUGCUGGUUAUGUGCUCAUGCCGGCUGCCUCAGUGGAUUCUGAGACUCACUGCAGGGCAGGAGGAAGGGUCUUCACUCUGCCAUUCAGGGAUAAAGUUUAAUUUUAUUUUUCUACACAUUUUGCCAGGUCAGGCAUUUUGCUAGUAAGCAGGAUGCCCCCAACUCUCCCUGCCAUGGAGGAUUCGUUUUUUUAAGCUUUGGGUGCUUUUUUAAUACUUUUUUUUUAUGUGGGGAAGGAACUUGCUCUGGCAUCAACCUCCUCUCCCCCGACACCUGUCCUGAGAGAGAUGGAUACUGCCUCCUGCCCUCCCCACCCUCUGAAACAUGGGGGAUGGAGGCCUGGGUGGCCUCAGGACUUUUGAGUCCAGCUGCCAGCGAGGGUCCCAGCUCGGAGGCAGCACCUGCAGUCCCCAUUUUUGUACAGCGGGUGGAUGUGUGUGUGUGUCGAGUUUUUUUUAUUUUUUGCUUAAUAAAACCAAACUCCAUUCCCCAGUGCCCUUCCUCUCUGGCUCUGAGGGCACUCCCUCCUCUCAGCCAAGCAGCCUGGCCUCUCUUGCCUGGACCUUCGGUCCCAGCACCCCCCAGAGCCAGGGGACAGGCCUGGCAGGAGGGGGUUUUACUUAUGUUUUGUUUCAAAGAGAAAACACAACCUUAUUUUUCUUUACAAAAGCAAAAAAGGAAACCAAAAAAGAUAGAGCCUUUGAGUCA